AUGAUAUCAAUGAGCGACGUAGUUUCAGUCAGCUCCUGGACAGCGAAUAUUGCGCAAUUCGCAGCUGCGCCAUUUCUGUUUUUGUUUUCCUUCAUUGUGGCCUCCAAAUUUGUUUACAGGCCAGUUCCCAUGGAGGAAGUCCAUGUACGAACGCUUCCUAUAGACCCAGAGAGAACCUUUGCACGAAAGUUACUCUCAGGGAACCCGGAUAUCCUGUGGAGGUGGACCAAAGGCUUUUUACUUGACCGAGAUCAUGCCAGAGGAUCCAGAGUGAGGCUCGCGGCUACUGGCGCCCUGAUGUCAUUCUUGUUAACUGUUCUCGUGCUGGCUGGGGACAAAACCUUGAUCGGCCUUCUCACCAGCGAAACACGAACUUUGUAUGACAACGUUAUCCCUGGGGCAGAACCUUACGGGAAUUCCAGCUUUUUUCUUGAUGAUAGUUGCGAUAUGACCACUAUCAUUCCGGACCCUUACAACCUUCACAACCGAAGCGAAGGCCCACCAUGCUCGUUGGACGCAACGACUCACCCCUGGAGCGUCGUCGAUCCUCCGAAAACGUACCGGCUGCUUGCAGCUGGCUUUCCCAACAUCACAGGGAACUUUACUAGUCUAGACUUUUCGGGGCUUGAGGAACUCUACGAGGAAGGUAAAACCGAAGAUCGCAUGGUCGCCACUCACUACGACAGCAGGACCAACGCAUUACAUGCAUUCUUCCUCGAUAUCAGCUCGCUCCAGCAGUUCCAAGAUGAUGAGGAUGCUUCAAGGAUGAAGUUAUUCAAAACGUCCGACGCCACGAACUUGGGACAGGACUACACAGGAACUACAACAUCGGUUGCCACAACGUGCAUCUCGGCAACCCAGUCAUGUGGCCUGCAUAACAAUACCAAAGGUACCACUUCGAUACGAUAUAAUUGUUCGGCGAUAUUCUCAGGUUCGCUGGAAAGCAUCCCCACAAACGGGAUCGACAAGAUGAGUGGCUGGAACACAUCGUUCUAUCGGAACGACAACGGAAUCCCGCGUGAGAUCUCUGUUGCCUCUCAGUUCAACCCUUUCACAUACAACGUCACGGGCCUCAUAAACAGCUACGAUCUGGCUGAUUUGUUGGAUUUUCAUGACCCGCAAGGCCAAGACGGAUCUUUGGUAGAUGCUGGCAAUUACGACAUCGCAUUCGCACUCUCUUGCGAGUCUACCGUUUAUAACGUCGAAUACUCCAUGGUGAGCGGAAACAUUUAUCACUUCAACGCCACCGCGGCGAGUGGACAGGAAGCUGCUGUCAUCAAAGCACCGCUGCAGGUCGGCCUUGGCAGCUACGUGCUCUUUCAACAAGCGUCCCUUGGGGUACUCCUCACGAACAUAACCGUCCCAGAAGCUAUGGGUCUCGCGUUUAGUCAAGUUGGAUUAGCGUACGCGGCGGCUGCGUACACUGCCAAGCCCAGUCGGAUGAUGCGAUACCGUAUGGAUGUACGACUAGCACGAAUUCCCAAGGCGCCAUAUAUACUUCUUAUUGUCCUCUGUUUUCUGUACGCGGGAUUAGUCCUUGUCUUUACAAUUGCGGCAUGUAUGGCGAAAAGGCGGUGUAAGGUUGCUGAGACGCAGGCGCUGCUGAUGGAUAGGGAACCAUCCGAGAAUUGUUUCUGUUGA